GCAACAUUCCACCGCAUCUUCGUUCGCACAAGAAGACCCGCCAGAAAAUGGGGAUGCGCACACUCCUAGGGAUGAUGGAAUGCAAGCGCCUACAACGGCACAAUCAGGAGAAGGUAAUGAAGGGCGAUCACCAGAUGCACAUGAAACGCUUCCUGAUCGGCUCUGGAGUGUGGCAAAUAAUUCGGUAAACCUGGUGAUCGGCGCGGGGUCCUCCCUGGCCACAAAGGCUCUCACAAUGGGUGAGCGCGUUACUGCCG